AUGGAUUUAUUAUUUGGACGUAAAAAGACACCAGCAGAAAUGCUACGUGAACAUCAACGUGCACUUCAAAGGGCACAGCGUGAAAUGGAUCGUGAAAGAGUCAAACUAGAAGCCUCAGAAAAAAAAUUAAUUGCAGAUAUUAAAAAAGCAGCAAAAGAAAAUCAAAUGAGUGCAUGUAAGAUCAUGGCAAAAGAUCUUGUUAGAACUAGACGUUAUGCUCAAAAGUUUCAAGGAAUGAAAGCACAACUUCAAGCAGUUUCAUUAAGAAUUCAGACUUUAAGAUCUAAUCAACAAAUGACUGAAGCUAUGAGAGGUGCUACAAAGUCUAUGAAUAGGCAAAUGAAUCUACCAGCUAUGCAAAAGAUUAUGAUGGAAUUUGAAAAAGAAUCAGAAAUGAUGGAUAUGAAGGAAGAAGUGAUGAAUGAUGUAAUUGAUGAUACAAUGGCAGAGGAAGAUGAUGAAGAGGAAACUGAAAUGAUAGUAAAUCAAGUUUUGGAUGAAAUUGGUAUUACAUUGGAUCAAUCUCUUGUUGAUGCCCCAACUACAAUUGAAAAAGCCAAAACAAAUGAAAGAGUACCACAAGCAGCAGAAAUGGAAUCAAGUGAUGAUGCUGCAUUACAAGCAAGACUUGAUCAGUUACGAAGAGAAUAG